GAGAGCAUCAGUUGCAGCGCACACUUGUCAGUAGGAUGCAAGUGGCCGGGACGUUUCCUCCCGAAAGCAAAAAGAGUUGGCUCAACAGCAGGCAGGAUCAUCGUCUCCACGCCACUACACCUCACUACAUCCACAUCUACAUACAUGGAUCAUCGAUCUGUCCUUUUUCCUCUUUCUGCCGCCGGCUUUUCCACUGCUUUCUUUCUUUCCCGUCGAUGGCCGCUCCUCCGAUCCACGCUUCCUCUUCUUCUUCUUCAGUGGCCACUGGCCUCAGCUCAGCUGCAAUAUAACAAGCGCCUCCUCCUCCUCCAGUGGCGCAGUACUGCACUAGUUAGUGGCUACCAGCGUCAGUCCGAGACUCCGAGUGUCCGACUGUCAGUGGAGUAGAGGGCAGAGGAAGCAACCGGACCGUGGAGAUCAUGGCGCGCAACUGCAGAAUCAGCGGCUUGCCGCCGCCGUCGCUGCUCUUCUUCCUGCUCCUCACGCUCUGCACCACCACGCACUGUGAGGCGAGAGCUCUGAGGCAGAGCAAGAAGAACGCCCUGAUGAACGUGCUCUUCAAGCUCAACUUCGCCAGGGCGGUGGAGCCGACGCAGGCGCAACCGCCCCCUCCCUCGUCGCUCGACGCCAGCGCUGGCAGCGACGCCGCGAGCGCGAGCCUCGCCGCCGUCGAAGCCCCGUUCUGCGUCAACCCUCCCGACGCUCCCCCGUCGUCGUCGUCGUCUUCCACGCCCCCCUUCACCUCCACGGCGCCGUCCUCAACCACGCCUUCCGUCCCGGACCAGCUGCCGCCGAUCACGCCCGUCCCGCCGUCAUUCGAGCCCAGCCCGCCGGCCGGCGGCGGUGGUGGCGCCACCCCGGGCUCCUCCAGUCCGGGUCUGGGCACACCGGCGUCCACGCCCACGCCGAUCAACCCGCCGCAGUUCGCCCCGAGCCCGCCUGGAACUGCACCGCCCAGCCCGAUCGUCGUCGUGCCGAGCCCGCCUGACGAAUUCGGCCCAGGCUCGGGCGGCAGCGGAGGAGGAGGUGGGCAAGGAGGAGGCCUAGGAGGAGGACAAGGAGGAGGAGGAGGAAGUGGUGGUGGUGGUGGAGGAGGAGGUGGUGGUGGAGGAGAAGGAGGAGGUGGCGGAGGGGGAGGAGGAGGAGGCGGGUUCAUGCCGCCGAUCAUCUACCCGCCGCCGCUGGCCCCUCCAAUGGCGCCGGGAGCCGGGCAGGCGCUGUGGUGCGUGGCGAAGCCGACGGUGCCGGACCCGAUCCUCCAGGAGGCCAUGGACUACGCGUGCGGCUCGGGCGCCGAGUGCCGGUCCAUCCAGCCGUCCGGCGCCUGCUCCCAGCCGGACACGGUGCUCGCCCACGCCUCCUACGCCUUCAACAGCUACUGGCAGAUGACCAGGGCCACCGGCGGCACCUGCGACUUCGGCGGCACGGCCACCAUCGUCACCAGCGACCCAAGCUACGACAGUUGCGCGUUCAACCUUGUAUGAGGGAUACGUACGCAUCGGCGAGCCAAAUUUCAGCUAUCAUGCAUGAGGAGCAUCUUUUCUUGGGGUCAUAUUCACGUUCCAUUUUUAUCGAGGCCACACAGCACCGCAGGUUUAGUAGGUAGCUGAGAUUAGUGUGAUUUUGAUCAUGGCAAGACUGAUACCGUGUAAAGGCGAUUCCUUGACAUGUGCAUUAUGCUAGCUUCUUGGGCAGCAGGAAGAUGCUUGAUCGUGCCCCUCUUGCAGUCUUAUAACUUUAAA